AUGGAUAGGGAACACUUAUAGAACUUUUCGAUCAUAAUUGCUAAAUCAUUCUGGAUAAAGAAGAAAGAAAAAGAUAUUAUUAUUAAUGCAAAAAUAUGUAGCAAUAAAAUGAAAUCGGAUCAGAAUAUUUAUUUUGCAAAUAAGAAACUUAAUUCAAAUGUGCUUACUGAUUAAUAGCCAAAAUUAUUUAUGUGAAUAUAUAUUGAGAUUAAGAAAUCAAUAAUGCAAUGAUGUUAAAAGAAGUUUCACAAUAUUUAAGUCUCAAUAAUCAAUAAUUAUCAGCUAAGAAAUUGAGUUUGGAUUCUUAAAAUACUCUCUUAAAAGAUAUAAAAAUCAUCAGAAAUCUAUAAUUAUAAAUUUGCUUUAAAUAUAAUAUAUCCCUAAAAUACAAGAUUUUAAAAUUAAAAAAGUAUUGACUUAAAAACAGAAUGAAAUUGUCCAGACUUGA